UGGUUCUGGUAUAAUAUUAUCUCAUCUGCAGAGACAGUGGGUUGAUUCUCUGUCUCUUGUCAUACACUUGCUGGAUAAGCGCCGCUAGUCACUGUCGGACCUAACAAAAAUCAGCCGACCAAAACCGCUCGCGUAGAGGCGCUGCGGCUGCAUGGAGGCUUCGACGAUGUGACCAGCAGCUGCAUGAACGGAUAUUUUGCGGCGGGCGCAAAUACAAUGGGUGGCCGGGAACUAAAAGAUGUUGCUUUGUUGGAACUCCCAUUAACAGUCGACGAGUCCGGGGCCGCGCGCGCGAACGCGUUCCAGAUGUUUGGGGGUCAGUUCAUUAGUGCUUCCGGCAGACAGUCUGGGUGCAUGAUAGACCAAGUCAGGGGCGUCAUGGGUUUAAAGUUGGCAGGGGAGGCAGCGUUGCGGAUGGAUUUGGUCGCAGAUCGUGCAUCUUCGCACCCAAUCCUGGGCGAAGCAGCUCUCAUGUCUCGACCGCGGCUGAUUGUCUCACUGCGAGUACGUAAAGAUUCGAAGUGCAUCGUAGAUGGCGCAGUAAUUGGCCAGGUGAGGCAACGGGGCCACUUCUGGAAAGCGAUAGCCGACUACCACACGUCUGAGCUAGCGGAGCGGGAGUGGGGAGUGCCAUACAUAAAGCUACUUCCUCCUAAUUUUCGUUUCGUAAUACGGAUUGCAGAGAACCUAGCGCAGGCAACGACCGCUGGUACCCAGUCAAGCGCCACAACAACUGGCGAGGAACCGAGCAAUGGCCAGCCGCCGCGUGGGACUUUUCGUGCCCCCAGAGUCGCGCUGGGGGCCCCGCGUGAGGAUCUUUUCCGUGGAUCCUGA